UUUCGCGGGAGCUAUCCAGGAAGUAUCUCAAUAUCCUUCAGCAGCGAAUAUUAAUGUACUUUAAAUAGUAUUUUUGAUAACGGAUAAUGAGAAACAACUGAUAUAUAUUUUCGUCGUGCUCUAGUUAAAGGUCUGUCGAGGUUUAAAGGAGUGUUCUCUGCUCUCUGUGUGCUUACCGAAGCGUGAUAGAUAAGUAAAAUGAAGCUCUCGAGAGCAGAAUACAGAGAAAUCGCAAAGUUCGCUGAACAGCUUCGUCCUACAAGGGAGUACAUGAAGAUGCUGAAGGAUCGAUUCCCCAAUCACUCGCAGUCCACUCUUCUGAGCAUCUUCUCCCUGGAGUAUCAGAAAAGAAUGAAAAGAAGUCUUGUGAAACAUCACGCUGCAGAUGUCAUUGAAGUCUACUACCAGAGGUACCGUAGUGAAGCCAGCAAACAUCCUUCAGACCCCGUCCUGCUGGAGUUAGCCAAUGAGGUGGACCUGUCUCCCUCUCUGCUGGCUCGUCUGCUGCUGGAGCGAUUCCUAGAGGAGCAUCAGGGCUCAGUAUCAUCAAAGCAAGUCCUGAACAGCAUGUUGCGGGAGCCAUCUUUAAUUCCAGAUGUGCAGCUAGCCAGACACGUGGAACAGUGCACCAUAAAUGACUGCUGUUAUGGACCGCUGGUCGACUGCAUCAAACACGCUAUUGGUCAAGAGCAUGAGGAGAUCCUAAGAGAGAAACUCAGAGGGAUAAACCUCUCCUUUUUAGAUGAGAAUCAGCUACGGGCCAAAGGUUAUGACAAGACCCCUGACAUUAUUCUAGAAGUUCCCAUUGCUGUUGAAGGCCACAUUGUCCACUGGAUUGAGAGCAAGGCCUCAUUUGGUGAUGAGCAUAGUCAUCGCACAUAUCUAAACGAGCAGUUUUGGAGUUACUGGAACAGGUUUGGCCCAGGUCUGGUCAUCUACUGGUACGGCUUUAUAGCAGAGCUGGACUGCCAGCGGGACCGAGGGAUCCUUCUCAAAGACUGUUUCCCUUCAGACGUCGUGACUCUGUGCCAUACCCCAGACCAGUGCUGACGCUAUAGUUAAGGGUGAUACUGAGGCUGAGGGAGUGGGGGGGUCACAGGCCAUUCGCUGGUGGAGAUGUGAAUCCGGAAGCAAUUUAGUUUUCCUGCUGCGCAGAACUACUGGCAAACAUCUGCCCUGAACUCCAGCUGAACUCCCAGGGAUCAGGGUUGGAAUCAUACCUCUGUGCAAAUUCACAGCAGAGAGCCUGGAGUCCUGGACUGGACCUGGACCUCCUGGUCCUUCAGGAAGGGGGAGACCUCUUAUCACAGCCCUUUUCCUCAUCAUUCUGCCCCUUCUCAAACUCAAGAGGCCAGCACAGGGGUCACCUCCAUUAUCAGCUUUUAUGUUCUAAACUUUCUCUCUCUGUCUCUGAUAAAGGUGUGGUCCCUUCUGGAAUGCUGUUUGCUGACCUUUUCAGCGUUUUCUUACUUUUUUUUUUUUUUUUUUUUUUUUUGGGAGGGGGCAUUUCUCAGGAUUUUGGGGAAGUUGGUUUGAGUAAUGAUGAUAAUUAAGCUUUUUGUUUUUACCUUUAUGUUUCACAUAACUGUCAGAAUUGCAUUAUAAACAAAUAGACAAUAAAGUCAAAUAACCUGCAA